AUGAUGAAUUCCAAGUCCCUUGUUUCACUUAGAAGAAGUCCUUUGUGGGUUGCUGCUUACAGUUUCAAGCAGCUCAAGAAAGUUCACGUUUUUGAGGCUGACAUUUCCUCCUUAGUUGACCGGAUUUUAAAUUGUGAAAUUGAUGCCGUUAGCUAUCGAGUGCUUGGAUAUCUUCUUCUAGGUGUCAUCAGGAUAUAUUCUAGAAAGGUUCAAUUUCUACUUUAUGACUGCAAUGAGGCUCUCGUGAAAAUCAAUAAAUUUCUGAUGAAUGCUAAAGACUUCGCAAAUGUCGAAACCAUGAGAAUGCCUAUAACCAUACCUGAAAGAUUCGAGCUUGAUGCAUUCGAUUUAAAAAUACUUGAAGAUUCUGGAGGAAGGCAUAUUGCUCGACCAGAAGACAUUACUCUUAAAGGUACUACAAUUGCUUCACAAUUUCCCUUUCGUUAUGUUUUGUGUAAAACUGGGGGAUUUGGGCCGUUUUCUCUAGACAAGUUUGAGGAUUUUGAUUUCGGUGAUAAUGCCUGUUCUUCUAAUCACCUUCAGGUGGAAGGUGUUGGUCGAUGUGACCUGAUGGACAUGUACUUUGACAUUUUCCCACCAAGUAGUCCAAUUAAUUUACUGGAGGACGAGGAUUUAUUUCAAAACAGCAUGUUCUCUCGAAAGGAACCAAUGAACAUUGACACUGUUUUAGCAAUUGAAGGAGUAGAAACAGAUUCUGUCAACAUGCUUGGUCAAGAUCAACAAAUUAAUGAAGAUCAGACAGAUCAAGAAACUGUACCAUGUAAGGAUGAGAUACAUGAAGAAAUAAGUAUAUUCUCUCAAGAGGAACAUGUGGAUAUUGGUAAGUUUUCGGGGAGAGAGAAGGAACCUGUAUUAUCUGUUGAAGCAUUGAAUGAAUCUCAUCAAGUUGACGGCGAGCAGAGUUUGGCCAAGGAAGCAUCAAGCUCAUCAUGUCAAAUGCAUCAGGAAAUUAUAGAUUUUCAUGAAGCAAGAAAUUUUAGAGAAAGUUUAGAAAGGCCACAGGGUGACAAAUCCUAUCAAAAGGAAUGCGUGGACCAUGGUAAGUCUUCUGUUGCCGAGAACCUUGAAGAACUCAUUGAAGGGUCUGUUCAAGAGCAUGAAAAGGAAGGGAAAUUAGAGUUUCAAGAAAAGGUUUCACUUGAAGAUGGAAGGCUUAGCAUUAUUACACCGGAGUCAAUAAAUGUUGAUGUAGCUCCAACAAAUGUUGAUGUAACUCCUCAAUCUAGGUUUCAAGGUGGUUCAGUUGGAAGACCAAAACCAGGUGCUGCUACACCAGAGUCUUUGCUUAUUUCUACACCAGCUGUGAGAGAGCGCUCUUGCUUUCCAAGGAAAAGAAAAGUUGUUCUUGAUCGAAGGACUGUCCUGCCUGAUGAGGUAGUUAAAAAGAGCAUACAAGAUGCAAGUGACUUAAUUUCUGGUCGAAGAAAAUUCCGUCGUACUUUGCUUGCUAAUCAGAAAGGAUCUCGUAUUUGGCUUGCUGCGCAGCAGAGACAAUCUCGUAUUUCCAGACUUCCUGAUGGAUUCUGUGAAUCUGUACUUCCUUGUAACUCCUCAGAGCUUCAAUUCCUGUUCUCUAAAAACAAAAUGAAAAUAUCAGAUUCCCUUGAAAUUGUGGAGACUCUGGGGAAGUUAGAUGUGUCAGAAUCUGGAACUGUUGGCAGUCCUGGGCAUAGAGCAACUGCUCCACAAACCCCUCCCCAGUGCACAGAUUCCCUUGUAAUUGAGGAAAGUCCAGCAUAUUCUCCUCAAACCCCUACUCUGUGCCCAAAAAUAAAAGUUAGCUGCCCAGAGAGAACUGAAAUUCAAGACACACAUAAUUUAGGACCUUCAAGUCCACAUGAAAGCAUACAGAUAGAGCAAUCUGAAAUUCAAAACCCACAUAAUUUAGGACCUUCAAGUCAACCUGAAAGCAUACAGAUAGAGCAAUCUGAAAUUCGAAGCACUCAUAUUUUAGGACCUUCAAGUCCACAUGAAAGCAUACAGAUAGAGCAAUCUGAAAUUCAAAGCACGAAUAAUUUAGGACCUUCAAGUCCACAUGAAAGUAUACAGAUAGAGCAAUCUUUGGAAAGGGAUGAAAUGCUUAAUCUGAUGGAAGAGGAUACAAAUUCAUUUGAAACAGAGAAUUCAAAAUCUUGUAAGAACUCUUGCAAAUAUUCACUCCAUGGUUUCUUGAUUCUUUUCUUUACAGUGGCUGGGUGGUCUGAUCGAACCAGGAAAGUUGCAAGUCACUUGCACAGCAAUUUUGUUGAAUUAAGGAAACAAAAAGAGAAUGAGGUUGUGAACUUUUCACAAGUAGUAGGAGGACGACCCAAGAAAGAAUGUGCAAGGCUAUUUUAUGAAAUACUGGUUUUGAAAACUAGCAGUCAUGUGGAUGUGCAGCAAAACAAUGCUUAUGGUGAUAUUGCAGUGUCCAAACUCCCAAAAUUAGAUCAAACUUUUGAAGAAGUUGAUGGUUAA